AUGGGCGCCCCUCCAGCAACGAUGGCCUUGGAGUCUAAGAAGCCGCUUGAUAUUAGCAAUCUGAUGUCGCCGCCAGAGCCUGCUCCGUUUGACAACUUCCACCAAGGACAGGGACCGUCAACGCCAGUCCGAGGGUCAAUUUCAGUCAAUGAGCAGAGAUCUUUUCCUCGUGCUCCCCUCUCCCCUCCCGUAUCUCCUUUCACCAAGCCCAGCAACACCAUUGACCCGUCGCCGACAAUUCAUGUCGCCAUUAAGGAUCCUAUUUUGUACCCUAGCAGCGACUCGGUGUCAAGCCCGCCGCAGCCGCCACUCUUCGCGGAGGAGGACAAUCCGAUCGAGGCACGGCGGGUGGUGGACGAGCACGUUGCUGCACGGCCUGCCGCUCUCUUUUUAGAACACGCACCACCGAAACGAGAGGAUUAUGUCCUGGCUCUGUACUUUAAGUCUGAGGUCAUGAAGAAGUAUCUGGAGAACCCUCGCGGAUGGCUAAGAAGAGAGCGCGAACUUCUGCUGGCCGAUCGCAAGGCCAGCGCCAAGGCGAAGUUGCAUCCAAUUCUGCCAGCAAAACCACAGGUUAUUCGAGUGGCCAAUUCGAGAAUCAGCAAGCCAGAGAGAAUCGUAUCUAGCACCAAGAGCCCGCACGUCAAGACAGCCAAGCCACCACGGCCAAUCCGGGUGAACCCACAGCCGAGCAAGCCUUCCCGGAGAGUCAGCGCGACCCCUGAGCCUCGCAACCGCCCCGUUGCACCGAAUCGCGAGGACAAGGACUACAAUUCUCUGCCUGACUACUGCCCGCCUCUCAGCUCUUUGCCUAACAAGCCGAAUAGCCUGAAGGUCGACUGGAAGGGUAAUGCGCUGGAUCUUAGCAAGGAUCCUUGUGCACACUUACUUCACCCUGACGAGAUACUUCUUGCCGCCGGGCUUCGGCUUGACUGCGCCACCUAUCUGACAAGCAAGCGACGGAUCUUUGUUCGACGCCUAGAAUGCUACCGCAUCGGAAAAGAGUUCCGCAAGACAGAUGCACAGCAGGCUUGCAAGAUUGACGUCAACAAAGCGUCGAAGCUUUGGACAGCGUAUGACAAGGUCGGCUGGUUGAACAAGGAGUGGAUGCGGCGCUUUGCGUGA